AUGAAGAUCAAGUUCAAGUGGAAUAAAUCAAUCAAAUUGGAUUCUAAAGCAACCCCUGACCCCCACGGGGGUCAAAAAAUAGGCAAGCAAACAAAGACGCUACUAGUACAUCCAUUUGAGCCUAGAAAUAGCCUAGAAAAACAGAACAAAUACCUUUUGGAAACACCUAGUGAUUUAAAGAGAAAGACACCAUUAUUAGAACUGCCGAAAGAUUUUAAGAAACCCAGGCUCUACAACAAGGAGGUUUCAAACGAAGUAAAUGACGGUGAAAUGAAAACAACGUCAAUACAAACAUCAGAAUCUCAGAACUGUCAGAAUCAUCAGAAUAGAAACUGUCAGAAUAUAAAUAAAGAAAGUUCUAUUCAAAAUUCGAAUUGCGAAAACGUACCACACGGAAUAGACGCGCAGAAUUCUAGUCACAGUCAGAAUUCGAAUUCUAGUCACUGUCAGAAUCAGACCUGUCAGAGUUGUCAGCCGAAGUGUCACCACUGUUGUUGUCAAAGUGUGACUGAACAUAAGUGCACUUGUCAGAAUCAAGCUGUGAAAGUGAUUUUUGCACCAGCUAUGAUGCCCUCGAUUUUCAACCCGGUACCAGGGUUGCCGUAUAUGUUAAAACCACAUGUGAAGCAAGAUAAGUUGUCAUCAUCAGCAGCUGCGAUGGCUUCAUCACCACCCUGCAUCACCAGCAAGGCACGGAACCCUAAACGUCGAGCGAGGCACUGA